AUGCAAACAAAAUCAGUUGACCAGUCAGGUCAACUCUCUCACAAAUAUCACCUUCCACGAAACCAUCUCUUAUUCUUUCCACUUAAAUUACACCAUUCAAUUCAAUUCAUUUCCAUUCAUGCCCUUUUUUUCUUUCUCUCAAUCAUUUCACUUUUUCUCUUUGCUUUUAUGGAUCACGUCACCGAAGCUCUCCUGGCUGCCAUAGGCAGCUUCAUCGUCGUCACAAUCAUAUUCGCCGCCAUCAUACUCGUCUGUCAGCACCGCAAAACCACCCAAUCCCGCCGCAAUAACCAGAUUCGAACCCGACCACUUCGAAACCCAAAUCAUUAUCCUACCAGCUCAAACUCCCUCCCGGUGGACGCCAGCUGGUCAGAAGACCCCAAUCUCAAGAUCUCCAUGGAAGAACUCUCCCGCGCCACAAAUGACUUCUCCCCAAACCUCAUCGUCGGCGACGGCAGCUUCGGUCUCGUCUACAAAGCUCGUCUCUCCAACGGCGCAAUCGUCGCUGUAAAAAAACUAUCCCCCGACGCCUUCCAAGGCUUUCGCGAAUUCGCGGCGGAGAUGGAAACCCUAAGCAAGCUUCGUCACCAAAACAUCGUCAAGAUCAUCGGUUACUGGGCCUCAGGACCUGAACGGUUACUCGUUUACGAGUUCAUCGAAAAAGGAAACCUCGAUCAGUGGCUUCACGAAUCUUCUUCCUCUACUCGCCAAAACGACAACGUAUCAACUUCAAUCGAUCUAAUUCGUUCUCCUUUGCCUUGGGAAACAAGAGUCAACAUCAUGCGAGGCGUUGCUCACGGGCUUUGCUAUUUACACGGGCUAGAAAAGCCCAUUAUUCACCGUGACAUCAAAGCUAGCAAUGUGUUGCUGGACUCUGAUUUUCAGGCCUAUAUAGCUGAUUUCGGGCUCGCACGUAGGAUGGAUAAAUCACAUUCGCACGUGUCAACGCAGGUGGCGGGUACUACUGGUUACAUGCCCCCUGAGUAUUGGCAAGGGUCUAAUGUAGCAUACCCGAAAGUAGAUGUGUAUAGUUUUGGAGUGUUGAUGAUUGAAACUAUGGCGGGCCACAGGCCCAAUUUGUCAGUGAAAUUAGAAGGAACCGAUAUUGGGCUUGUUAAUUGGGCCAGGAAGAUGAAGGAACGGAACACUGAAAUGGAGAUGCUGGAUGUAAAUAUUCCAAGAGAAGAAGGGUUGAAGGAGGAGAGUGUUAGGGAGUAUGUACACAUUGCUUGUAUGUGCACUAAUGAGUUACAGAAAAAUAGACCCCAAAUGGAAGAGGUUGUCAAAUUAUUGGAUUCAAUGCCCCUAUAAACAAUCCAAUCCUACGUGCCAUAGUAUGAAGCAUGAUUUAUUGAGAAUUGAUCAUCAUCAUAUUCAUGUAAAUAUAUACAUUCAGGCCAAAUACUAUGGCAAAUAGGAUUGGAUUGAUGUAAUUAAAUUGUAUUGCUACAAAAUUAAUUAGAUUAGUUUUCAUUCGGGUGAAGCACAUUUAUUGUUGUUGCCAAUUAAGUUGUAAGUUUUGCGUUAGGUUUAUUUUAGUAAGUUUUAUCUAAAUAUGUACCAAGAUAAAUAUGGAAUUUCUUUCCUCUAUUUAUUUUUAUACUUACUGAUGAAGUCUCUAUUGUGUGACGUGUAUGGUAUCAGUCACCUUUUUGAAGAUACUUGUGGUAUGUACAUGCGAUAAAAUCGAUACAAGUCCCACAUCGAUUGAUCUAAAACUCUUCCAAGGGUUUAUAUAUAAGCAGUGAGGGACGUUGAGGUACCGGGCAUGGUAACGCGUGCUUGUUACCCAAGUGGGGGUAUUAAAGUGUAGGAAGCUAUCCACGAUUGGAUUGAGCGUGAUGUCAAUUUGGUCGAAGCAGCGUUUAAAGAGAGAGCCCUAAGAUUGGUUUUGAAAUAAUUCGGACUGUAGGCUUAGGGUGUAUUGACCUGAAGUGUUCAGGUUAACGUUGGCUUUAUAGAGCAGCGCUCUCAAUAAGUGGAGGUGAUUCCAGUUGCGUCGGCCAAAUCUGAU